AUGCGGUCACAGCGGAAGUUCAACGCCGUCGUUUUGGGAGCUGGCGGCGUGGGCAAGUCAGCUCUCACGAUUCGCUUCCAUCGCAAUGUUUUCAUUGAACAGUACAACCCAACAAUCGAAGAACAAGGUGAACCGGUCUUGACGUUCUCUGUCAAGCUCGAACUCUUGGAUACUCCGGGUACCGAACAAUUCACCGCUCUCAAUGAGCGCUACCUGAGAGCGUCCUUAGUGCCCUUCAUCUUCUCCAGAACGGGCGAGGGUUUCUACUCCCUAAUCGAAGAGAGCAGCUUGAGAGAAAUUGACUCAAUACGACAGCAGAUUUACCAGAUCAAAGGCACCGAUCGGGACAUCCCCAUCGUCAUUGUUGGUACCAAACUGGAUCUCAACAACGAGCGGGAAGUAUCGCGCGCCAAGAUUCAAGAACUCGCCCGGCAAUGGAACCUCCCCUUUUACGAGACUUCCGCAAAGCGGAAUUGGCACGUUGAAGACGUUUUCCAAGACCUGGUGCGGCAGAUGCGCAAGCGAUACCCAGACGACCAUAGCAGCUCUAGAAGAAAGAAGGACCCUUGUCUUGUCAUGUGA